AUUUAGAGGUAAAAAAAGGUAGCUCGAUGUUAUAGUCUGAAUGGGAGGACUAAAAAAAAGAAACCUAGCAACACAAAAAGACCUGCCGUAGCUCUUUUCAUUAACUUAAAGCUUUUAGACUAUACACUUCUACCUUUUACGCUAGAAAGAGCCGAAAUGUAUCUUUCUUUGCAGAAUCUCUCUGCAAUUCUUAACUAAAAUUUGUAUAUUUUAUCUUGAAUUGUUUAUUCUGAGAAUACCCAUAUCCUUCUUUUUAACCUUUUUGUUCUUCCCUUCUCAAGCUCCUAUCUUUUUCUCUAUCCUUUAUAGCACCUUUUUGUUUCAGUCUCUUCUUUGGCUUCUUGCGUUAUACUGCCAUAAUCGACCAAAAUGGAUGAAUGGAGAAGAAGCGGACAAAUACCAGCAUUCGGAAACUGGGACCAGGCAAAUGACCUUCCAAUCACACUGUAUUUUGAGUCUGCAAGACAGGCAGGAUUGAUUCGACACAGUACUAAUUCCUCUGGAGAAUGCGGUCAUCGGUACAUGCGUAGUGAUCUACAUGCUUCUGAUUUCAACAAGCCUUCUCGUUAUCAUGUUCCUCCCAGAAAGACAAGAAUGAGAGAUCAGCGAGGCUCGCAUUCAAAAGAGCAGAGAAAGCACGGCAAAGUCUGUGACGUGACGGAACCGGCAAGGAAACAACAACCCUCAAUGCCACAUUGUCAUAAAAUGGACGCUGUAAUUUGUCCUAUAGCUCCUCUUAAGCCUCCUAAAGCUGUUGAUGAAGAUCUCUACAAAAUCCCACCAGAGCUCCUCCGCUCUGCCAAGCGGAAGAAAUGCCCCGGAUUGUUUUCAUGCCUUGUGCCUGCCUGUGCUUCAUAGAUUUAGACUACAAGGCGUUUCUGUCACCAUAGUGCUUAUGUGGAACUGAAAAAAAAGAAGAAAAUAGUGUUCGCUGCUCCGAGCUCUUUUUGUUCCACCAGAAUGCUUAGCUUAUAGUAGUAGUAGUUAAAAUUUACUAGCAACAUAGCUAUGAAUGAAAAUGGGAUUCUGCUAUGCCAUUUGAUAAUUUGGCUCCA